UCCUCCUCCCUCCCUAGUACCCACUCCACACAGAGACCUCCCCGCUCUCAUCUCAUCCUGUCUCACACAGAAGAGAAGGAACGAGAAAAAUGCCGCGCCACCUGCUGCAGCAGUCCGUCGACCACCUCGCCGCGCUGGCCGCGCCUCCGGCGGCCGCCAUGGCGCGCGGCGGGACGAGCGUGCACACGGAGACGCUGCUCAUCCUGGCGGCGGUGCUCUGCUUCCUGCUCUGCGUGGUCGGGCUGGCCAUGGUCGCGCGCUGCUCCCGCCUGUGCAACCCCUCCGCUUUCUCGGUUGACGCGCCGGGGGCAGUCGCGGCGCCGGGCAAGGGGAUCAAGAAGAAGGCGCUACAAGCGCUGCCAACCGUGUCCUGGCGGCCAGAGCAGAGCAAGGAGGUAGACGACGAGGAGGGGGAGCGGCCGGAGUGCGUCAUCUGCCUGGCGGAGUUCGCGCGCGGCGACGAGGUGCGCGUGCUCCCGACGUGCGGCCACGGCUUCCACGCCGCCUGCGUCGACGUCUGGCUACUGUCCAACUCCACCUGCCCCUCCUGCCGGCGCGCUCUCGUCGUCGCGGCCGCCCAAUCGCCGGCAGCCACCGAGUCUCCCACUCCUCAAACGUGCUGUGAGCGCGCCGACGCCGUCGCGGCUGCGCAGGCCACGGUCGCCGGCCGCUGUCGUUCGUCGGCACAGUAGCCAGCCCACCUCUCACGUUUGCUAGUACUCCAGUAAGCUCGCAACGUAAAUAUACGACAUAUGCAUGUAUAUAUGGUCGCUCACGUACAUACGUACUACAAAGUGCAAACUGUACAGCGUGCGAGGAUGCAUCACUUGGCUGUAACAUUUCGUGGAUGUGUAAAUACUUGUACAUCACCUUCUUCAGUUAAUUUAGAGGUUUUUUACGGUCUAACAAAUGCCGGUUA